UUUUUAAAAAGCUACACUUGUUCCAAUGACUUCGAAAGCUACAAAUACGCAAUACAAAUCAGCCUUUGAAGGACUUUAUUGGACAGUUAAACAUAUAAAAGGACACAAGUGCAACUUGGUAGAAGAAGUAGAUCCGGUAGCGAGAUUUGUUAAGUCAGGAUGGUUUGUCCCAGCGCGAAGGUCUUGGAAAAAAUUCGUUACUAUCAGCGAAAAAAAUCCAGUCACCAAGAUCCAUAUGAAAUCAACUUAUAACAUAAGAGUAGAAAAUGUGAGGCAUUUGGAGAAGUACUAUUGCAUGAUACACCCCUUUAGUGAAGGCCGUUUCUACUGGGAUACUAUAAUGUCUGUUAUUUACAUCGUUCAAUUGGAGUCUGUUCCUGUGCUCAUUAUGGCUUCUGAACAUCUAACUGCUGCGCCUUACCACUGGUUCACAUUCCUCAUCAUUUUGAACAUCUUCUGUGCGGCAGAUAUAGUGAUAUCUUUUUUCUGCGGGUAUUACGAUGAGGCUAACCAGAAGAUUGUUCUUGAAGCAUCGGCUGUAGCCAAAAAAUACAUUUGCAGUUACUUCUUCUUCGAUUUGAUAUCAGUUCUUCAAAUAAACCACAUUGCUGCGUAUACUGGAUGGUUUGAACAGAAAGGCUUUUAUAAUGCCCAAUGGGUGUUCAGAUUUGCCAGGAUAAAAACAAUAUUGAAUUACUCUGAUGAGUAUAGGAUAAGGUGGAAUAUCCCAACUUACAUUUUCAGAACAGCAGCAUAUAUAAAUAUUUGGAUUAUAUUUUUCCUUUGGGUCCUGUAUCUGAUAAUAAUAGUCAGGUAUUCAGAUACUGACGAACCAGUAGACAAUUCGUUUCACACCAUUAUGAUUAUGGUAUUGGAAAUGGUUCAAACUAUAUUCCUGGUUAGAGUACCAAGAUCGGUAUCUGAAGAACCAUGGUACAAAAUGUUGGUGUAUCUACUGUUAUUAUUUACUGGACUAUUCCUCAAUAUGUUCAUAGCCGCCCAAAUAUUGCAAAUAUACACUUGUCGAAACAUCUCGAAAAACAAGUACAGCCACUUGAUGAACCAGAUCGAAGCUUACACAAGAUUCAAGCAAGUACCACAUGAAGUAAGCAACAGAAUUAAAAGCUACAUCCAAUUCAAAUUCCAAAAGACAGUUUUCAAGGAGAAGUUGAUAUUGGAGACUAUAUCUAAUUCGUUGAGAAACGAGAUAGUGUGGCAUUUAUGCCAAAACUUCAUCACAAGGGUGGAAAUAUUCAAAGAUAUGCCCCCAAAUGUUAUGAUGAAAAUUGUUAUGUUGUUAAAACAGGAAAUUUAUCUCCCUAAUGAUGUUGUUGUACAAACAGGAGAACUUGGUACAGAGAUGUUUUUUAUUUACGUUGGUGUUCUUGCCGUUUAUACACCUACAGGAAAGGAGAUAUGCCACUUAACCGAUGGCGAUCAUUUUGGAGAGAUUGCACUUUUACUAAACGAAACAAGGGUAGCGAGUUGCGUAGCAAUCGACUUCUGCGAAUUGUACCGUCUCACCAAACGUGACUUCAACGAAGCCUUGGAAUCUUACCCUGCUGCGAAAAUGAGAAUAAUACAGUUAGGUCAGGAUCGUUUCAAACAAACUGAAAAAAUCAUUCAGGGGACAACAGUAGAACACUCCGAUGGAGAAUUAGAUGACUAAGAUUUGGGAUGCUGUUUCGAAUUUUCCAAUGAUGAAAGUUAAAUAAAGUUAUACUCAUCCACA